AUUGCAACGAACCGAAUCAUCUCCCCCGACCCAAACAAACUCCCCACGAACAAUCGCCCACCAUGCCUCAAGAAGUCACCGACAUCAAGAGCUUCAUUGAGAUCUGCCGCCGCAAGGACGCCUCCUCCGCGCGCAUCAAGAAGAACAAGGUCACCGGCCAGACCAAGUUCAAGGUCCGCUGCAAUCGGUUCCUAUACACACUCAAAGUGCAGAACUCUGAGAAGGCGGACAAGCUGAAGCAGAGCCUGCCACCGACCCUCAACAUCAGCGACACACCGAAGAAGAACGCCAAGGGCAAGCGCGUUGCGCAGAGCUCGUAGACGGACACGAUGCGAUGAGAUUGGCUGGUCAAGAGCUGAGGGCGUUCAGGGAAAGCAUGGAGUGAUCGCGAAGCAUGAGAAGGGAAGGAGCGAUGGUGAGGUUCAUGGACCGUUCGAAAACUCCGCACGAGUGGGCUAGUUGCAGUGUCUCGGCAUGAGGCAUGCGACCGUCUUCGGUACCUCUCAGCUGGUUCCCUCUCGGAAAGCACAAAUCAAUGGAAGACGCGAUCUACCUGCCUCGAUAUUCUCCAGACCUUGUGAAGCAAUGUAUGGGACAU